GCGUCGAAAGAUUUUUAUUUGGACUAUAGAAUACAUGCUAAAAUGUUGUUGGAAAUGACGAAUCCGGUCAUAAAAGUUUGCAUAGCAAUUUUUUUAGCAGUUUGCUGGAUCACGUUGGUCAGCACCUUGUCUUACAAACUAAGAGGAACAGCCAUCCGUUCACGAGUCCUUUUCUAUGAGAAUCAUCUUCAUCAAUUGUUACGUAUUCUUGGUAUUGUUUUGUCGCUUCAUAGCACUCCAAACAUGGAUUCAACCACAGCCUUGUGCCGGCCAGAAACCAAAACACUGUAUCCGACAUCAUUGCUUGUACUAUCUGACGAAGCAACACAGCAUAUACAAUUACUCCUUGCUUUGCGUGUUCGUAUACUUGAUUUGCCAACCGUACCAAGUGCUUAUUAUGUAGUCAGCUACAGCAAAGAUUACAAUUUUAAACAAAUUGUUUCCUGCGUUUGAACUUUAUUAAAAUGGGAGUUCUGUGUGGAACAAGUAAGCGGUUCGAUCUCUAUGGCCGUCAACAGUACAUCAUUUAUAUGGAGAAAUAAUAAAAAAGAGCGAAGCGCCACCCAUGUUGAGAGGGACAUCUCCCUAGUAAAGCCCAGGAAGGCCAUCAAGUGACCGCAACAAGAAAAACCGAGCGAAGCAUCACCCAUGAGAGGGACAUCUCCCCAGUAAAGCCCGGGAAGGCCAUCGGAUGAACGCAUUCUUUAAAAGGACAAAAAAGUAAGAACUUCAACGCACUGUCCACCCGUGAGAGGGACAUCUCCCUAGUAAAGCCCAGGAAGGCCAUCUGAUGAACCAGCACUCGGACGCAAGCAUCCUAUGAAGAAAAAGAUUAUGAGAUACGGGGAAUAGUGUUGUCGCAAGCACAGUUUUCUAUUUGUGCAAAAGCUCA